CACCGUCAAUACGAGGCAAGCAAUGAAGAAGCUGCACACCCACACAUCCAUAAGCACAAGCUGUGAACGAACGCCACCUACAAAACCUAAGGACAUGGCAUGUGGUCAGACAGCUAAGCCUCCACAAUGGAAAAGGCCCAAAUCUGUCCCAGCCUUUGCGCUAAAACUCAUAAACACAACACGAGCCACUCUCCGUACAUGAUGCAGACUUAGCUGUGUUUGUCUCCCGAGACCUGAGUACUGAGCACACGCUGUGUGAGCAUGUCACUAGAUUGGAGAUGGGAAGGGAAGGACGACCUAGAGCCUAUCUUGCUCAUAGCGCCAGCAUCUGAGUCGAAACUAGCUUCCACAAACGCAUUCGUGCAUACUGUACACGAAAGAUUCCCAUCCGCAAGCAUUUUUGUAUUUGAUCACGCCGCUGAACAGUUGUCGGAUGUCCUGAGGAGUCGUGAAACCCUCCUCGAUCAGAUAGCUGAAGUGCUGAAGCGAAACACGCGGUUACAGGAUCGCAGAUGGCUUUUUCUGGCCUUCGGAGUGGGAGGUUUAGUCGUAAAAGCUGCGUUAUCUGCGGAACCACCUGAUAGAAAAGCAAAAAGAGCGAUAGUAUUGAUAGAUGUUCCCAAUCUCACGCGUGUGAGCUCGUCGACAGCAUUGUCGAAGAACUUGAAUCUUGCACAUACUAGCUGCACGGAAAAUGUUGAGGCAUUCAAGAAGCUUUGUGAACAUGAAGCCACGUUUAACAAGAUCGCACAUUUGUAUAUUACGAUUAGUUGCACGGUACCCGACUCAAAAUUCAGUUGGCCCCAGGUAUCGCUGGAUACUCCGAAUGAGCUUCAAUAUCAUUUUCGAGGCGAUUCUUGCACCUCCAGCUCCAGUGCUAUUGUUUCAAAUCAAGAGGAGCUCCGCCUCAUGAUUGACAGGGCUUUUCUACUACUUAAAGGUGGUCAACAGCUUACUAUACCUGAUAGACUACGCUCCAAACUCGGACAAGAGUCAGAGAAAGCUCUUGAAGCUCAGUUGCCCUUACACGAGCCACAAAAGAUUGCCUCGCAUUCGAUCAAGUUCACUCUGGAGAGCAGAAACAGUGAUCUGGAGGUUCAAACUCAGGUUCGAUCCAGUAUGCUACUCUUGAGCGAUCUUCCAAAUAUCCAAUGCACAUCCUUGAACUCUUACGAGCCAACUGGUCUCAAACAAGAGGUUGAGUUCAUGUGGCAUCAUGGCAGUGCCAAUCACGGCAUAUGGAUCGAGGAUAUCAUGUCUUCGUUGAUGAAGAACGGAUCUGGAAUAUGUUCCAAGACACACUUUGACGCUUUCUGGUCCCACCAUGUACACUCGACCGAAAACCUGUAUCCGGGUUCGUGGCAUAUACGCCCAGACUUUGCUUCGAUCAGCAAAUUGCGCACCCAACCAACGGAAUCGACUUCCACUGAACAAGGAUUGGUACUUGUUAUGCCAUUUCUUCACUGGGACACUGUCGCGUCUCUGACGCAGCGGCAACAAGCGAUAGACAUCCUAACAUCUGAAGAUACACCCGAGCAAGUUACAGAGGCUUAUAGGAAUGCUGCAACAAAUCCUGACACGAGACAUACAAGUCUGUCGAUUACCGCCGAGCCACCUGUACACCUCCCGUUGCUACUGGAUCAGUACCGAUAUCCCACUAGUUCUAUGCAGUCCAGUCGCCUUGCAUCCCAGAUACUACCAAAGCAGACAGCAAUGUCUGACACUGGUAUGAAGACACUGAUAGUUCAGCAACUGUGGCUGGUCAUCACAGAUAACAGGACGAUCGUGACAUUCUUUCCUCGCAAGCCCCUUGAAGCGAACAACAUUGAGCUCUCACAAGCAGCUGAUGUUGAAACCACAGUCCUGGACCAUCUAUCGAGGAUUGAUCAUCCAUCGACCGUCAUGUCUUCAGUCUAUGACUUAUGUGCCCUCAUCAUAGAUAGAACCACGACCGCAUUGUUGUCACGGGUACGCCACACCGAUCUCCUGUUCAUACAAUUGUAUCGAAAAGCUGUAGGAGAACUCCGCCAACAGCAUAUGACUGCACUAGCAUCCUUCCGUAAUGAAGACCUGAAGAAGGCCACAAACAAUUUCACCGCCGACACCAAUAAAGAGAAUUUUGAGCUAUCACUCGUUCUUGACGCGAACACCCUAAAAGAUGAAAUGCAAGGCCUAGUUGAGAUCAUUCAGACUCAAAAAAACGUAGUCGAGAAGGUGUCGACGGCACUCAUGAAAGACAAGGAAGGAGAAUUUCACUUGUCUAUUGGCACUGAGAUAUUGGAGGAAACUAAGAUGAAACUAUCGUCCUUUGAGACGCAGUUCCAGGGCUUACGUUCCGACGCAGAUGCUAUUGAGCAAGAUCUCCUUCAACUUCUCGAUCUUCGACAGAAGCGUGCGAACCUCCGAGAGUCACACGCUGCAUGGGUCCAGGCUGAGGAGACUAGUGCGCAGACGAGACACUCUCUCUCCCUCAGUGUUGCCGCUGCACGUCAGGGCAGGGUGGUGAUGAUAUUUACGAUUCUUUCUUCCAUUUACCUUCCGUUGUCUUUCAUGACGUCGUAUUACGGGAUGAAUAUGCGGGAUAUCACUGGCGAUGCAGACAACCCAAAGACGACUGCCUAUUUCUGGAAGAUAUCAGGCCCUUUAGCAGGAUUUACCACACUCCUUGCUCUUAUCAUAGGCUUUCAAAAGAAGUUCAUUGUGACACCAAUAAGAUAG